CUUUAUAAAUGCAAUAUGCUAUUAUUUCAUUAUUCAAUUAUGAUAUUCUGAGUGAAAUGGAUGACAGUAUUAUUUCUGAACACUCUAUUAUUGAAUCACAGGAAUAUGAAUCAUCGUUAGGUCACAGUAGCCGUACUAACUGUUUAACAGAAUCAAUUCAAGAGUUGUCCAAAUUCGAAGAAUCUGAUUUUUCUACAAGUCGUGCUUACCGUGAUGUAUUUUCAUUCUGUGAUGACACGCCGCCCCCUGUUCAAGCAUUUGAUAUACGGGAAGAAGAUUUGUAUGAACAAUCAAGUGAGAUAAGUAAAGAACUUUCUCUUAUAUCAUCCGAUUUACAAACAAGUGGGUGUUCCACGGAUUCAGAGCCAUUUGGAUAUUUACAUUUCAUUGAGCCUUUAAUGAGCAAUACUCCUAAGAAAAAUAAAGUUGCUCUGUCAUCAAGAACUCGACUUCAGGAAAAGAAGAUCUCCAAAAGCACUAUUAAAAAGGCCUCUCAAGAACAAUGUACUUGUCCGAAGAAAUGUACAAGGCAAAGCUUCUUCACAAGAGAAUUGAUUGAAAAUUGCCAUUCAACAUUAUGGAGUCUGAAUACCACAGAGAGGCCAAAAUGGUUUCAAAGAAAGUUUGAUGACUUUCAGAGUGUAAAAAGGGGAACCUUUAAAUUCAUUCUUAAAGGCCACAAGGUUUGCUUAAAGAGUUGGUUGAUUGCUUAUGGAAUUAAGAAAUCAAUCUAUUACAAGGAACGAAGAACAUGGUUGACAAGUGAAGUGCAACUCUCUAACGAAAGAAGGACAACAUCACAAAAAAGACUUUAUGUCAUCAAUUGGUUUGGAGAAUAUACAGCAAUGAGAGGAGAAAAUCCACCUCACAUCCAAGAAAUUUGGCUGCCAUUUGGUUUAAGAAAAAAUGAAAUUUAUGCUGGAUAUAAAAAGGAUGCAGAGGAAGAGAACAUGGCUUGUGUUACUUUUCAGACUUUCCUCAACAUUUGGAAUGAACACUUUCCGCAUGUGAAAAUUAAACAGAGUAACUUGUUUACAAGAUGCACUACAUGUGACAAGCUUGACAGAGAACUACACAAGCAAUUAAACCCAGAGAAAAAAAAGGAAAUUUUUCUAAAGAAACAAGAACAUCUGCACAGACAAAUGAAAGAGAAAUCAGCAUAUUACAGACGAAAAACAGUAAGCAGACGAAGACCUGAUAGAUACAUAAGCCUCAUAAUCGAUGGAAUGGAUCAGUCCAAAACAAAUAUUCCUCAUUUUAAGGGAAGACCAAGCAAGGAGUUUGCAGCAACAAGGCAAUUGAAUGUGCAUGUUACUGGAGUUUUGAGUCAUGGCCUGAAUAGAAAAUAUCUGUUUACAGACCUGCACCAGUACAAACAUGAUUCCAAUCUUACACUGAAUGUUUUGAUGAAAGUGUUAUGGAACCACUCAAAGGGAAAAUCAUUGCCUCCUGUCCUCUACCUACAGGCAGACAACUGCUUCAGAGAAAAUAAGAAUAAGUUUGUUCUGUCUUUCUUGGAGCUUUUAGUCAGGCGUCGAAUUUUUUAUGAGGUCCAACUUUCCUUUCUUCAUGUGGGCCACACGCAUGAGGAUAUAGACCAGAUGUUCAGUGUCAUUGCUGAUAAUCUCAGACACAGAGAUGCAGCAACACUACCAGAGAUGAGUGACAUCCUCUACAAUGCAGAGGAACUAAGAGGUUGUCUUGAUAUAUCUGGGUGGUUAUCUCCUUGCUUAAAAGGCGUAAAAUACCACACAAGGACCAACACCUUUAGGUAUCGACUGAAUGAGUUGACAGGUGAUGUACACAUCUGCUACAGAAAAAAUGUGGACCAUUCCUGGAAGUCCUUGCAGGGAAGCUUCUUCAAAGAAAGGGAAAAUGGAACGGUAAUGCUGCCAACAAAUGUUCCCAAUAUCUUGACGGCGUCAUUGGAGAAGCUUGAUGUGGCUAAUGUCAAGAAAAGUUUAAAUGUAUGGGCAAAGAUGAUGACAACAGCAGAGAGUGCAUGGUGGGAAAAGUUUGUAGCUUUCUUGGAGGAAACUAAAAGCAAUCCCAGUAGAUAUUCAAGAAAAGGGGCAAUAUGGUAUCUUCCAAAGAUACCACAAUACAAUUCAAAUGCCAUUGAGGACUCUGACUCUGAUGAACACCCUGCAAUUCCUGAAGAUUUACAGAGAAUACUUACAAAUGAAGAUGAAAAUCCAGAGGUUCUCUUGUGUGUGUAAAUGGGAAGAAAUGUAUGCACACCUUCAACAUUGUGAACUGGACAAUCCAGUAAAAUCCUCUGCAUUGCAUAGAAUUCUUAUCUUGUUCACAUUCCAACCAGGACUGCAACUUGUUACAUACUGUGAAAGAAGGAAUGCUCAAGUAUAUGUGUAAAUGUUAAUAUAACCCUUAGCAUCAUAUUCUUUAUGCUUCUACAAAAUCUUUCAAUCAACUUUAGAUACUAGGACACAUCAAAACCAGAAAAGUACAAACAGUUUAGGAUUCAUAAAUGUAAACUACACUGAAUGGCAUAGGGAGGUGAAGGAUAUAGAGAUAACAAACAGUAUUCAAUUUCAAAGUCCAUAAAACAAUACAAAAUAGGAGCAGAGCAGACACGGACCUCAAAACGUCGGUGAUGGGAUCAGGUGCCAUGGAGGAGUGAGCAUCUCCUGCUGACCAGUUGCGUCUGCCAUGUGCUCCUUGUCAUGAUCAGGAAAUAACAGAAAAUCUGUCUUCAAUUCAGUGUAUAUAAAUAAUGGACUAUUACUUACAAUUGGUAUGAAAAAGUCAGUCAGCAUUUGACUCAAAGAUAAAUUGUAUUUUCUGACAAAGUCAUUGUAUCAACCAAAGAACUUAGGAAAUGAUGACUUUAAACAAGACCACUGAUAUUCUUGUCUCGUCAAUUUUAUCAAGAUAUCCAUAUCCUUUGAUUCAUGUAUUAAGAUUGUAUAUUGUUUAACUUCCAUCUCUUAGAAUUUUUCACUCAUAUGGAGACGUCACUGUAUGCUGGUGAAGGGCUUCAAAUUUUUACCUUUACUUGGCACUCAGGGCCAUUGAGCAGUGAAGGAUUUUUAUCAUGACAGCGCCUGCCACUGACACGGGGCCUCAGUUUCUUCCAAAAGGUCUCAUCCAAAGGACCCGCAACUUUUACUUAAAAGUGCCAAGUGCAUGGUGAAGGAACAGUAGCUACCCAUUUUUUAUCGACUUAGGUCGCUCGCAGCCAACAUUCAAAUUCAUGACCUCCUGAUCAUGGAGCAAGUGCUCUACCGACUGAGCUACUGUGAACGGUCAUAUGUGUUUAAAAAAAUUCUUUUUUUGUUUAUUUUUCAUGUUUUAAGAAAAAAAAAUUGUAAAGGAGGGGGAUAUUCCUUACAGCUCAGUGUGA